UGGUGCAGAGAAAACGAGCUCUGUCACUUUUCUCCACUUGACUCAGUUGAUCACAUGUUGAUGUGUGACAGCAGUGCACUGAUUUGCUGUGUGAUUGAUCACAUGUGUUCUUCCCCUGAUGCUGCUGUGUGUGCUGGAGUCUGCAUCAACACUAAUGACCCGGCUCCUCUCACACUCCCGCGACUCAGCCGUCAACUUUCUCUAGUAGCAGGCUGCCAAUCUUCAGGAUGACGAGGAUUUUCUGGGAUACAAUUUUUCUCAUAAGUGGUACUUUUAGUAUGUCUGUGGUACUCGAUGGUUCUCUCUUUACAUUCGGAGCGGGGCCGAGCAACACGGCCAUCGAGGCUCGCGUUGCCAUCGACACAAACUCCACCGCUGCUCCGAACAGCUCCACAAGCAGCUCUGCAGCAACCAGCAGCACCAGCACCACGACGAUCCCAACCACGACCGACAUCGGCACAGUGAACGAUUCUCUCCUGAUGUUUGGAGCAGGGCAGAACAAUCAGUCGACAGAAACAGUCAUCGAGGCUGGAAUUCCCAUUGAGACAAAUUUUUCUUUGGCUCCGAACACAUCAACAACCGGCAACACAAGUACCUCCGCGACAACUGCCACACUGACUACCACAACUAGCUUCCCUCCUGUUAAAAAGUUUGUGGCGGCCGCUGUUCGGUCUCAUUUCGACGACUGUCCAGACUCCCACCGCCAUUUCUGCUUCCAUGGUACAUGUCGCUUCCUGAUACUGGAGGAGACGCCAGCAUGUGUGUGCCAUCAGGGUUUUGUCGGGAUGAGGUGUGAACACGCCGACCUGCUCGCUGUCGUGGCAACAAACCACAGACAACAGACCGUCGCCACAGUGCUGGUGUUGUGUGUCAUUGGGUGUGUUCUGGUCAUGGUGUUGUGUACACUUUUACAUUGCUGGUGGAGACAGGAGUGUCGGAGGCGGAGCCACGCACGUCACUACGUCUCAGAGAAGCAGGCAGCAUCCUGCUAUCCAUCGGAGAGUGUGGUUUGAGGAGACACCCGAGCGGAACACGAGCUGUUUGCAUCAUGGCGUGUUUUUCGUCCACCUCCUAAGUUCGACCUGCAGACCCUCAGGAUUUCAUCCAAAGUGGAAUUCACAUGUUCUGCUCCAGCAGCCCUGGCUCCGAGGAGAACAAGCGUCAUCUUCAGAGCAGCUGAGGUGAGGUAGGACGGCGUGAUGUGGGUGGUUACAUGUUCCGGGGCUUUCUUUUUCUCACAGUGACUCGGGACUUUUGGACUGCAGCAAACCCAGGAACGUGUUUUUCUUCAAACUUUUGAUUCUGUUGAAUUACACCGGUCUGUCUGAGCCCGAGAGGAUGAAGCUGACGCCACAUUCCUCAUGCAGGAGCUCCCAGUGUGUCUCCAUUGCUAUUUAGGACCGGCCUGAAGGACAACAGAAAAGGUCUGCAAGGCAAUGAACCAUCCGUGGAUGGAUGUCGAAUAGGAAAUGCUGCGGGACGACAACAAUUCAUUGACUCAAGUCAGAAAAUCCCAAUUCCUAAUUUUGUCUUUUUAACUUCAUUGCACAAAAGAACUCUACAUGCACAGUGGACAUUUUUAAGAAAUGGAGGUGGGGGAAACUGAUGCUUUAAAAAAAUAAACUGUUUUAGUGUCUGUUUUAAAAGAAGGAACUCACGUCACCUGACAGGAGUAGGAAUUGGAACUGGACUGACUGCUAAUGGAUUAAAUCCCCUGGAUAUACGAAGACUUCCACCAAUGAGUCAACACAGAGGCUGCACCUACAAACUGUCCCGGUGUGGUUUCAAUAUGCAUUGGAGAGAAACUAUCUUUUCAUUCCUGAGCUGCACUUGAACGUGUUCCGUGCACCGGAGAUUUUCUUUUUUUAAAUGCAAGCUAUAACUGUACUAACAUUUUCACAUCCUGGGUGUUCACAUUGUUCUUAGGAACUUUGGUCAAAUUUGCACAUUUCUAUAAGUUUGAUCAUCGUUCAAUUGACCAUUUAGAGCACUGUCUCUAAAGGGUCUUCUUAUAAAAAGCGCACUUGUUUUUAUUAUUUUCCCUGAGCGCGCACUGAGGGGAGGAGGCUGCACGGUUUUUUCACAUCCAUUCAAAGAAUGCACUUAAAUCACAACUUGUGUUUUUUAAGAAAUGACACAACAUUUUUUUAUUUCCGGUGUGUUAUAGCAUUGCAUCUGCUUUGAAUUGAAAUCAUUUUAAAGUGAGAAAAGCCUCCGAGGGUCAGUUUGAAACCAAACACUUCACUGGAUCAUAAUUAGUAAUGAUCAUAACAAUUGGCGAAGGAAUAAAAACUGACAGGGAUGUACAGUACAGUGUGUUCACGCUUUGUGUUUUGAGAUCAAAAUUAACUCCACUAUAAACUGAAUGGGAUGGUAUUUUCAAGCCAAGAGGCUGAGGGGAUGAUACUUUGCUUUGUUUACAGUAUGUGAUGAUAUUUAAAUAUCAAAACCACAGACACAUUCUAUGUGUGUGUGUGUCUAUAAAAUGUCUAUAUAAAAUCAUUUGGAAGGGGAAUCACCCUUUAUUUUGUCAGAUAUGUGUUGUCACAGUUGGAAAUCCUCAGUUAUAUGCAUUUGUUUUCCAAUGAAGAAAAAAAAAAAAAUGGGAGUCUUUGUAUUUUUUCCUUUAUCAAUUAUUGUAUGAUGUGCUGUAUUUCAUUUGAUCCGCUGCGUGACCUAUUUACUUCCCUGAGCGCUUUCCCCCCCCCCUUUUUUUUUUAUUCUCUUCCUGCAAAUACUCUGAUUAUGAAAACCUGAACCCGAGGCACAAUUGAACAAAGAGCCAAACUCCUGAGUGCUUUAAUCGCUGAAGGAAACGUUUCAGCCUUCUUCUGUAUCGCUAUUCGUUUUUGAUUUACCUUUUUUUUUUUUUUUACUUAACAGAAUUGACAUCCAUUCAUGUUAAGGCAUUAAAAGGGUUGAGCUACA